AUGAAUAUCAGUCCAGACAACGUCUUUCGGCUCUUGGGCCAAGUGAUCGGUGAUCCCUUACACCGUGAAGAUUGUAUCUGGGUGGGAGAGGAUGGAAAGCGAUGUCGAAACGUUGUACCGAAAUCAUCCCGAGUGGAGGGAGCAUCAUGCCUGCAGGCGCUUCAAGAUCUCUCCUCGAACUAUUCAGCGACGCAGAAGCUUGCCUUAGGGGGGAAGUUCUUGCUCUGCUCGAAGUGCAGACGGCACCGCUGCCGACCUAGGCAGUGGGCUGAAAGCUUGAUACGUAUGUUCGAUAUGCCAGCCGGCCAAACCGACCAUGUUGCCGCUCUCAAAUUGGAGAACCAUGCAGGAGCGCCGCAGCGAGAGCAAUGGCCUUCUUACCGCCCUUUUGGCAUUGACACGAGCACCUGGCUGCAAUUAAGUCUGUCUGCGCCAUGA